ACGAUUCCAGUCAAUUAUCCAAGGAGAGUCACUUUACACUUCGGCCUAUGGAUCAUUUACGAAAAGGAACGGAAACAGCCCACGAAGUGCGCGCUGCCCGCAUUGUCUGGGCGGCGCACAUCCUCUCCUACCUCACGAACAAUCGAAGCCACGCUGAACUUCACCAGCUCGAUGCCGACCCAGGGGAAUUUGAAGAUUGUGCGUCUGAUUACAAGACCGAGAAUAAUGUAGUUCUCACCGGCCCGGAAGAGUUUGUUCGCCAAAAGUUCUUGAACUGCAUUGCCCAGCUGCUAUCGCCAUCCAAAGGAUGGGAUUUCGUUACCGCGGUGGCAGUACGUGAAAGUGAAAACUUCGUUGAGGUGGACGUUGCAAGGAAUGAUUCUUUUUUGUCCGAGGAUAACGACCACGGUUAUGAGACUAGAGAUUACUGUAGCAAGCUCGAAGAAUAUUUGCGCACCAAUGCUGAAGACAUUGAUAGUCCUCCAGCACUCGCAAGCGAAUUCGAGCUGAAGUCGAUACGAUUCACGCAUCGCCGAGUUGAUCAUUGGAUUUCUAAGCUUCGGACCACUUGGAAAACCAACCAAAAUUACAAUAAUCAGGACGAACAACAAUGGCCCGGACUGGAGAAGGCAGCCAGAACUUGGACGAAUAUGGUUGAGCUUAUAUCAAGACCCGAUAAUGCCCAAGUUGACAAGGUCAGAGACUUAAUGGUUCAGCAAGCUUACAUGUGCAUUAUAUCAAUGCAAGUCCGACAGCUGCUUUACAACGUCUUUGGGUCCAAUGUUUGUUCUAAGCUGUGGACCACUUUGAACUUUCUUGCCAGGCCAUUACUAGAUUGUCGAUUACUGCGGUCAAUAGCCACUCGGGAGCCACAGUUCAGGUGUAUCCGUAUUUCGCUUAUACCUCCCAAGCCGAAGACUUGUGUCACUGAAAAAUACCGCCUUGACAUAUUCCAGGCUUGGGCUCAACUGGGCUUAGACUCUCCAUCUCAUUCUGAAAUUAAAAUGCUCAAUUCUCACAAGGAGGAGUUCAGGAAAAGUUGUGCAAAGUCCUUUUGUCUGCACGCUGAGAUGCAGCUUUUUUCUCAUUACGAAGACGGUGUUGCACUGCCCCCAACCCUAGACUACUUUGGAUGUAGCAAAAAGACUUGCUUUCUAUGUGAAAACAUUUUGAAGAGCUUGCCAAAGCCAAUUGCCACUCGAGGAAGGCAUGGUAUUUGCUAUCCUGCUUGGGGCUUGCCAUGCUCAACAUCAGCUGCAAUGGAGAUUGCUACCAAUGCUUUGGAGAGAGAUCUGUUAUUCCGCAUUCGACUAGGAUUUAAUAAAUUGUCUCACCAGAGACGAUUUACUGCACACGUGCCGCAAUCCAGUGUCGUUUCGAACUUCUCCAAGCUUACUCUAGAAGAUUGGCAGGGAAAAGAACGGAAACUUGAGCUCUCUAGGAAAGAAGAGGCAGAACGGAGACGUGAGCUUCUAAUUACCUGCUACUACUGUUCUCUAGAGUGCCAGAGGAGCGAUUUCCCUUCCCACAAGCUCCUCUGUAAACAUUUUUCUACUCAGCCUGUUCGACCCUCUACGGAGCACAAGCGAGCUAUAUUCUUCCCAGUUGACAGAUCAAAGCCACGUAUGAUCUGGGUGCCAUGCAGGCGCGAGAUUGACGAAGAUGGAGUUAGCUGGACAAAAGUUGAUGCUUAUCCCUACCUUGGAACCGACAACCCUAUCAAAGGAACGUUGCGUAUUGAACACAGUCCAGUACGCAAUCGAAACCUUGGCUCCGGAUUUGCAAAGUGGGCCCCAUUUAACCAGGGCUACUGUAUCUCUUUAAUACACCGAGAUGGCUAUCUAAUCGACGGGUCAGCGAGCAACAAAAGCAUCUCGGUUUCCGUCGGAGCAUCUGGUCCAAUCCCUCAUGAAUAUCGUGGCCCUAUAAUUGCAGUACGAGGCCUUCCACACGAAUCAUACGACGAUAUCGCGCUAGCCGACUUUCGACAUCUCAUUGAUUAUCUAGUGAGCUACCGCUCAACACAAAUCCGAGAAAGUCUUCAGUGCCCUAAUAUUCGUGCCCCGACAGCAAUCCGUGGUGUAAAGAUCUGCUGCUACGGCGAGAUCAAACUUCAUGGGACGGAGGCCUUCGUUUCAGUUGAAGUUGACAGAGCUACGCGAAUUGGACUUGGCGACGGGGCUAUAUCACUGAUUUCUUCCCGUCUUGGCAUGCCUCUCGUGCUCUGGAAAUAUCCAGACCCUGAAUUCUUGCUUGACCCUCCGGGAUGGCCAGAGGGAGAGAUGACGGCAGACAGUAAUCAAAAUGUUGCAUUUCUGAUGAUGGGGACCAAUCCUUCAAAACCAGGAUGGGGUUGGGCGCCUCCCUACUGGAACAGAGAAAUUGGAAAUGUAUUGGUCCUUCGUGAAGACGGAAAAGAUCUCAACCUAGACGAUGUAUCAAUGAUGUGUCACUUCAGCAGGUAUAAUCUGCAGCGCAGGUUCGAGGAUACCAUGGUCUCAGACCCAAACUCAGAGGGAAGGCUAGGAAUUUUGGACUUUAUCACAUGGGAGAACAUGGUCAAGCAUUGGGAGAAGAACAGUGGUAAUGGAAUGUAG